UGAAAAAAUAUAGCCACUAAAAUGAGACAAAUAUCUGCAAACUAUAGGAAAUACUUUGAGGUGUGUGAGGAUGAGUCCGGAAAAAGGCAUUCCACUAGUAAAACGUUUUCCGUUAAGUGUAGUGUAUUAAAUUGUCCAAAAAAAGAUAAAGUGAUAUAUGUGACGGAGAGUAGUACUUUUAACAUGCUAAGGCAUUUGCGGGUAAGUAAAUCCUAAAAAUAUGCAUAUAUAUUUAUAUCUAUUUAUGUGCUUUUAAUUUAUAAUUCAAAAUAUUUCAGACUUUUCACAGGGAAAUUCUUGACAAUGGAUCUCAGUCACAAGAAGAUCCUUCCGUUGAGGCAUUCUCAAACAAAAGAGUGAAGAAAGCCUCGGAUAAAAAAAUCAACGACCUGUUAGUGGACUACAUAAUUGGGGACUUGAUGCCAUUUUCUUCUGUUUCAUCCGAAUGCCUUCAAAACUUAAUCAACGAAGCUGCAGGAAGGAAAAUUGAUAUAAUAUGCCGUGCAACAGUGACGACCAGAAUAAAAGAAAAAUAUGAAGAGCUUAUAUUGCGGAUAUCCAACCAGCUUCAAAGCCAAAACCAUCUUUGCCUGACCGUGGACUUCCCAUCAUAGGUCAUAUUUGGGAGCAACAUGCCACUGGAUAAACGACGAUAUGAAGCGUAACAGUUGUGUCUUGUGCUGCAAGCGUGUGGAAGGAUCUCACACGUUUGAUGUUUUGGCCAAGGAAAUCCAAAAUGUGAUGAAAAAAUUUGGAAUUGAACGCAAGGUCAAAUAUAUUGUGACGGACAACGCUUCAAAUUUUGUGAAGUACACGAGCUAUCUACGACGCUUUGAUGGAAAGUGAGGAAAACGAAGAGGAUCUACGGGAUAUCAGAGGUAUCUCCCGGGCUGAAGACAAAAACAUUUGCGAUAUUUUGAGUUUAUACGAUGAAGGAAGAUUCAUAACAAUGCCCACACACAUACGCUGCGCCACCCAUACGCUGAACCUCAUAAGCUCUGCGGAUUUCAACAGGGCUUUGCGGACGGAUUUCAGUGAGGAGCUUAAAACCAUCUAUUCCAAUAUGGAGACAAAAUGCUCAAGUAUAUGGAAUAUCCAGAACAGAUCCUCUCAGAAAGCUGACGUCAUUAAAACGAAGAUGGGAAAGUACUUCAAAACGCCAGGAAUGACCAGAUGGAACUCACUUUACGAUUCGUUCCAGGAUAUGAACUUAGGAUUGAAGAAGAAGUUCAACGAAUUUAAGGUCAUGUGCGAAACCAUUAAAGUAGAUGCUUUUUCCGAAGAAGAGAUUGCUUUCCUAGCGAAUUUGUGUGACAUAUUCCGGCCUAUUGCAUUCGCAAUUGAUAUUUUGCAAGGAGAGGAAAAUAUUUUCAUCGGAUCCCUGAUACCCGUAUUAUGUAAAGUGAAGGAUAAAUUCGCAAAACUUCAACGCAACCAUACGGGUAUUUGCCUCGAAUUGACAACUUUUUUUAACAAUUCGUUGGACAAAAGAUUUUCGGAUGUGAUGAACAACUUUGACUUCUUAAUGGCAGCAGCAGUCCAUCCACAGUUUAAGGUCGACCCCAAAUAGAUGUCAACUUAAGGACGAAAAUUUCGAGAUGCAG